AUGGCUGGCCGGCAUGGGUAUACAAGAUACCUCGUGAUGGGGCUCACAGAGCUCGCUGCGUCAGUGCAACAGCUUGCUGCUGUGUGGGAUGGACAGUAUAGAUGCAAGGGCAAACUAGAGAAACAACGGGCUGUCUUUGAAGACCCAUGUGGGGUUUCAUCAGUACUCUUUGCUGUGGACAUUAGGAGCAAGAUAACUCCACCCUUGCCACAUGGGUUUGUUGGGAAUGCUGUUGUAACAGCUUGUGCAAGUGCAAAGGUGGUGGAUUUGAAUAAGGAGUCUUUGGAAUUUUGUGUUGAGAAGGUGAAGGAAGCAAUAGAGAUGGUGACAGAUGAGUAUGUGAAAUCAGUAGUGGAUUGGUUGGAGGUUUAUAGAGGGGUCCCUUCCACUUUAGAUGAGAAUUUUUAUGUGUCAGCUUGGUGGAAGCUGCCCUUCCAUGAGCUGGAUUUUGGUGCCGGCCUAUCAUCCAUCAUCCUCGCCAGAGUAUUCAAGUCUUGUACUAAACCAUUACGCAUAGGCUGGCGUAUACACGCUUCAGAGGAUAGAACUGCAUUGGUUUCGGUGGCGGCGGAACGCGGCGAGUCACUUUAA